AACCGAUGCGGCAUCUUGGCCUUGGGCGUCAUCAGAGUCAUGUUUAGACGCUGAUUCUGUUUUGUUCUGUUCAAGGCCACAGACGUCCAGAUUUGGAACCAUAAAUUUUUCAUCCUGGUAGCAAGCUGCCCAUUUAAUCCCUUCAACUUUUUAUUACAACUAUCUCAGCAAUGACCACAACAUUGAAGCCGAAUUUCACCUCCCACCUGUGCAGUGUGGAGGUGUGCGAAGUACGAUACAACAUUCGAAUCCUGAAAAUGAAAGACUCGCUGUUUAUUUAUAUCGGUGAAAAUAAGGCGGAGAAUUUUGACGAACUUUCGAUGGCUAUGUUGAUGACGGCAACCAACGAAAUGCUGUCGGUUCAAAUCAUGGGCGAUCCGGUGGGGGCCGGGUCGGAUGAACUGGCACAGAAGCUGGCCAAGAAACUGAAAAAGCAGGUCUACCUGAGUGCAAACGUGCCAAAUGACCGGAUAGUGCGGCCAAUGAUCGAGCAGAAGCUGUUCGAGGAGAUCAACAAUAACUUGGAGUGUUUUUGAUAGAGAAUAUUGUGCGUUGCUUUCGCAAAUGAAGGAAUGGAUGAGUGAUGACGAGAUUUUGAUGCCUAUGUUUUAUGUUUGCUGCUUUGACUUGUUUUUUGCAGAUAGGAAUUAUUCUAUGUGAUUUAUAUGUUUAUGCUCAAAUAAAGUACAUUGAUUGAGCA